AGACCCCGUUGCUAUGGCAAUGACACCAUGCUUCCUAUCAUGCUCCCCUCUUUUUUUCUGGCAUGUUCAUAGAUGAUGUUGUUAGCAUUAGUGUUAGCGUUGUGUGUGUGUGUGUGCGUGUGUGUGUGUGCGUGUGUGUGUGUGUGUGUGUGUGUGUGUGUGUGGAUCUGCAUGAAUGCUGCAGUGUUUGUAUGUUUGAGAUGAUACCAUGGUAAUCUCUCUCGCUCUCUCUCUCUGUGUCUCUCUGUGUCUCUCUCUGUGUCUUUGUGUGUGUGUGUGUCUGUGUGUGUCUCUCUCGCUGUGUCUCUUUGUGUCUCUGGGUCUCCGUGUGUGUGUGUGUCUCUGUGUGUCUCUCUCUCUCUGUGUCUCUCUGUGUGUCUGUGUCUGUGUGUCUCUGUGUGUGUCUCUCUCUCUGUGUCUCUCUCUGUGUCUCUCUCUAUAUGUGUGUCUCUCUCUGUGUCUCUCUCUGUGUCUGUGUGUGUCUCUGUGUCUCUCUAUGUGUGUCUCUCUCUGUGUGUCUCUCUCUGUGUCUCUCUCUGUGUCUGUGUCUCUCUGUGUGUGUCUCUGUCUCUCUGUGUCUCUUUCUCUGUGUGUGUCUCUCUGUGUGUUUGUCUCUCUGUGUGUGUCUCUGUCUCUGUGUGUGUGUCUCUCUCUGUGUCUCUUUCUGUCUCUCUGUGUCUCUCUCUGUGUGUGUCUCUCUCUGUCUCUGUGUCUCCGUGUGUGUGUGUCUCUCUCUCUGUGUCUCUCUCUGUGUCUCUGUGUGUGUGUCUCUCUCUGUGUCUCUUUAUGUGUGUGUGUCUCUCUCUGUGUGUCUCUCUCUCUCUCUCUCUCUCUCUCUCUGUGUCUCUCUCUCUGUGUCUCUCUCUGUGUCUUUCUCUCAACCUCUCUCCACCCUUUGAGGCAUUAAUGCGCCUGCGCUAAUCUUCCUCUUCACUUCUCCUCUCUCUCUCUCUCUCUCUCUCUCUCUCUCUCUCUCUCUUUCUCUCUCUCUGUCUCUUCUCAACCUCUCCCCACUCUGAGGCAUUAAUGCGCCUGCGCUAAUCUCUCCCUUCCCCCCCACCCCAUCACAUGCACCGGAGCAGCGGGAGCAGCGGUGGUGUUUGAGGGAGACACGGAUUGCGCGGGUCGUUAGACAGCGAGACGAGCGACUGAGACACAAAGCAGAGGAGAAUAAAGACGGAGAGGAGCGAGGGAUGGCUGGGAGGAGGAGGUGCAGCACCGAGAGGCUGUGGAGCGACAGAUAAGCUCAGAGAGAACGACAGAGUGGAUUUGGGAGGGAGAGGGAGGGAGAGGGAGGGAUGAUGGCACGAUAGAGAGAGGGAUGGGCUUCACAAACAGAGCUGCACUCAUCCGACUGAUCCGGGACUAAAUAGUAUGCUGGAUAAGAGUGAGGUGUCGACGUUGCCUUUGCCCCCCUCAGUGCCCCAUGGCGGCUCAGAGGGGAACAUCAGCGUGGAGGGGGCGGGGUCUGUGUUGGGGGCGGGAUCAUGGCAGGGGGAGGGCCCAGGGGAGGGGCAGCGAACACGCGCUGCUUUGGAACACCUGCAGCAGAAGAUUCUGAAGAUCACAGAGCAAAUCCGUGUGGAACAGGAGGCGCGCGACAACAACGUGGCCGAGUAUCUGAAACUCGCUCACAACGCCGACAAACAGCAAGCAUCACGCAUCAAACACGUCUUCGAGAAGAAGAACCAGAAAUCUGCACAAACCAUCGCACACCUGCACAAAAAACUCGAACACUACCACAAAAAGCUCAAAGAAAUCGAGCAGAACGGUUUGGCGCGUCAGCCCAAAGACGUCUUGCGGGACAUGCAGCAGGGCCUGAAGGACGUCGGAGCCAAUGUGCGGGCCGGCAUCAGUGGCUUCGGAGGAGGCGUGGUUGAGGGUGUGAGGGGUGGAGUCUCUGCACUCAUACGUAACAAGUUUGGCAGUGCAGACAACAUCACCCACCUGAAGGACAGUUUAGGACCUGGACAUACAGAGGACACGCCCCCUCGUGCACUCAGUGGCAGUGCCACGCUCGUCUCCAGCCCCAAGUAUGGCAGUGACGAUGAGUGCUCCAGUGGUACCUCCGGGUCUGGGGCUGGGAGCAACUCUGGAGUAGGUGGGGCCAUCUGCAUGGGAAGCCCACGAAUGGAUGGACACCAUCAUCAUCAUCAUCAUCACCAUCAUCACACGUCUGCAUCAUGGGAUGCUCUGCUGUUGGGACUACAGGAGAUCAAAGCCAGUCAAGUGCAGAUGGAGGACGCAAUGGAGGACAUGAAGACACAACUACAGAGUGACUACUCCUACAUGACCCAGUGCCUGCAGGAGGAGAGAUACAGGUACGAGCGUUUGGAGGAGCAGCUGAAUGACCUGAGUGAACUCCAUCAAAACGAACUGAGCAACCUGAAACAGGAGCUGGCCAGCAUGGAGGAGAAGGUGGCCUACCAGUCAUAUGAGAGAGCUCGAGACAUACAGGAGGCAGUGGAGUCAUGUCUGACACGUGUCAGUAAGCUGGAGUUGCAGCAGCAGCAGCAGCAGGUGGUGCAGUUGGAGGGUGUGGAGAACGCUAACGCUCGCGCUCUGCUCGGGAAGCUCAUUAGCGUGCUGCUAGCUCUCAUGGCUGUGCUGCUCGUCUUUGUCUCCACGGUGGCCAACUUCAUCACCCCGCUCAUGAAGACCCGCACCCGCAUCGCCUCCUCUGUCGCCUUCACCCUCUUCCUCAUCACGCUCUGGAAGCACUGGGACUGGCUCGAACUCUGCUUCCUGUCUGCCUGAGUCACAUGACCUCAGAGCCCCGCCCCCUGCUGCAGCGUCUGUGAAGAACUGAUGAAGCUCCUCACAUGAACACUGCUUCUACCACACAGUAAGUGGGACACGUCCCAUUUACACCAGAUCUGCUGUGUUUGGUCCAUAUCUGGAGUUCAGCACUAAAACACUCCGAUUUAACGCCUCAGAUUUAAAUUCCGUAUUUUUCGGACUAUAAGACGUGUUUUCUUGCCUGCUGUCAUUUUAGAUUUAACCGAAUAUUAGGUUGCAUAUUUAUUUGUGUAUUUACGGUAGGUGUGAUGUUCCAGCAGUUCAAGGAUGGUUAAAGGUUCAGGUUCACCACUUAUACUAAAAACCUUCAGUAGCAGAAAUGAGCAUUAUUGUAGCCGGUGGUCGAACCAUACUGGACCUCCUGGGGUCCCAUAGCAUCGUGCACGCUGGACACAGAUCUAAUCUCCACAGCAGAGUGAACAGGAUUGACCUGAUCUGAAUUAUUAACUCAUUUGAGCUUUAUGUUUAACUUUAAAUUGUGUUCAGUUGGUCAAAUCUGCAGUAAGGUGGCUAGCGUCUUUCGGCAUGCUAGUUCUACUUUAACACAAUGCAGCGCUGCAUAGAUAUGAAUACCAAGAUAUCGCGUUUGCUAUUGAUCGCUGUUUAGAAGAGCGAGAUCCGCCAUAUUGGCACUCUACACUAUGAACACACAAUUAGUACUGCAGCGUCUAUUAUGUCAUUGAAUAAUUAAUUGUGAGAAGAAUUCAGUGUUUUAUUUGGACUUUGGACUUCAAUGAAUAAAGUUUGUUGUACAAAAUAAGCAUUUCCAAGACUGUUAUCCGCAGUAGUGUUUAGUAAUGACGCGAUAUUAUCAGACUUUGUCAAAUUGAAUCUAAGCCUUACGUGUCUAGUAACAGUCUUGUGUCUAAGUGCAUGAUGUCAACAGCUAUAAAGUCUAUACUACUCGUGCACAUGUUCCAGUAACGAUCGUGAUCAACAACAGGUCAAUUACUCUAUACCGCUCCAACAUGGCAGCAUUGCAGCAUGCAGCAUUGGACAACGCAUCACAGCCAGCCAAUGCAGUAUCCAGGUAUUUACAGUCAUGUGAAAAAGUAAGUACACCCCUUGGAAAUUGUUUGGUUUUUUUUGUUUUGUUUUUUAAAACAUAUUUGGACAAGCAAACAUCUGAUCCUCUUUGAAACGGUGUCUCUUAGUAAAGUUGACAUACUCUAUCAAAUGACAUAAAAUUUUAUUAAUUUUCCCAAUUUAAAUGAACAAAAAACAGAUCAGUCACAUGGAAAAAGUAAGUACACCCCUACAUUUAUCACACUUUUCAAAUCCAUAAAAUUAGAACCUGCUUAGGGAGUGCAGGUGGAACCGGACUUAUUUAUACCUCUCAUAUCUAGUGUCUGGUGUUCUCUUUGUUAUUGAGGUGUGUGGUCAUGCCAAGAUCUAAAGAGUUCUGUAAGGUUAAUAAUUUCAUUACAAGAUCUGCUAGUAAGUCGUGAGGCCAUCUGUCAAAAAGUUGAACCAAAAGUGGACCUUUCAACAGGAUGAUGAUCCUAAGCACACGAGCAA